CUCAAAAAACGAAUUUAGCAGGAACAAAAGUGGUUAAGAGAGAGCAUUAAGAAGAUGAAGGGUGGAAGUGAAAAAGGCGGAAUCUUGGCGAUGGGCUUUAAUAGGAAGAGGGCUGAAGGAAGGGAUGAGAGCGCUAGGCCGAAAAAGCUGCAGCUCAAUCCUUUUAAUACCACUGCUUAUGUGCAGAUCCUUGGAAACGGAAUGGAUACACAAGACACAUCCCCAACAGUCCUGCUGUUUCUUCAACAUAAAAGAUUUAUAUUUAAUGCUGGAGAAGGAUUUGAACGCUUCAGCACUGAGCAUAAGAUCGGAUUCUCGCAGGUGAGUAACAUAUUUCUCUCACGUGUCUGCUCAGAAACAGCUGGUGGACUUCCAGGUUUCUUAUUGACCCGGGUGGGCUUGGGAGUCAUUGGAAUGCCUGUCAAGUUGUGGGGCCCCUCCAACUUUGAAUAUUUGAUUGAUGCUAUGCAAUCGUUCAUCCCCAAGGAUGCCAAUGUUAGUUCGCAUAGCUUUGGGCCAUCACCGAGUAUGGUGGUGCAGAACUUGGAUAAUCCUUUUGUUCUGAUCGACCACGAAGAGAUCAUAAUAUCCGCAGUACUCUUGAGACCGAAUUAUGAAGAACCAAGUUCUCCUGAGCCUAUUAAAAAUGUGACGAAGCCGGGUGAUCUCUCUGUUAUUUAUAUUUGUGACUUGCGAAAGCUUAAUGGAGAAUUUGACCCUGAAAGGGCCGCUGCUCUCGGAUUAAGACCCGGCCCAAAAUGCGACUCGCUGGUAGAUGGGAAUCCUGUAAUGUCAGAUAGUCAAGAUAUUAUGGUACACCUAAGUGACGUAAUAAUGGGUCCGUCUGUUCCUGGUCCUAUUGUCCUUUUGGUCGACUGCCCAACAUUGUUGCAUUUCCGGGAUCUGCUGACCGUGCAAUGCCUCGCUCCGUAUUAUGUAGAUUCAGCGCACGAUUAAUAGAGGGAUUCCAAGAUUGUGAAUUGCGUAAUUCAUCUGACUCCUCUGAGCGUCGCUCGGACAGAUGAUUAUCGAACGUGGAUGUCAAAAUUCGGAGCAGCUGAGCAUAUAAUGGCAGGACAUCAAAUGAACAAUAUACAGGUGCCGAUUUUGAAAGCUAGUACUAGGCUCGCAGCUCGUCUUAACUAUUUGAGCCCUCAGUUUUUCCCGUCUUUGGGUUGCUGGACACCGCCGAACAUGGAUUUACCAUCUGAGACUGAGGCAUCACAUGAGAUUUCGGCUGAGAAUCUUCUCAAGUUUAAUCUGCUUCCCUACGAGAAUAUGGGGCUCGACAGAUCAAGUAUACCGAAACUAACAUCUCACUCCGAGAUCAUUCAAGAGCUAUUGUCAGAAAUUCCGGAGGCUAGAGACGCCUCCGAGAAUGUGACCCGUUUAUUGUCGGAUUGUGCGAGUGUGACCGAGGAACCAUGGUUGCUCGAAGAUGCUGUCCCUAGCUGUCUCGAAGAUAUAACCAGAGAAGACAUGGAGAUUGUUCUUCUUGGUACCGGUUCUUCGCAACCCUCAAAGUAUCGAAACGUUAGUUCGAUUUUCAUCAAUUUAUUUUCCAAAGGAAGCAUACUCUUAGAUUGUGGUGAUGGAAGCUUGGGACAGCUAAAGAGAAGAUUCGGAGUCCAAGGUGCGGACGAAGCUAUAAAAGGUUUGAAAUGCAUCUGGAUUUCGAACUUCAACGCAGAUCACCACACGGGCCUUGCAAGUAUCCUUGCUCGACGACGUGAUCUGUUGAAGGGAUCACCACAUGAGCCCGCCCUCGUCGUUGGCCCGUAUCAGCUCAAUUGGUUUCUGAGCGCCUACCAGAAGGUCGAGGAUCUGGACAUGCGGUUUCUCGACUGCUCUCAUACAACUGAAGAUGCAUUGGAGGCUUUUGAUUCGAACAAAGGGAACCCGAGCAAGGGCGUCGAUUCAUCUCUGUGCAAGAUUCUCGGAGAACUUGGAUUAGAAGCGCUGGUGAGCUUCUCCGUCAAUCAUUGUCCUGGAGCUCAUGGCGUCGUGCUGCAGGCUGCGAGCAGGAUCAACAGCGCCGGUAAAACCAUUCCCGGCUGGAAAGUCGUCUACUCAGGCGUCACCAGACCCUGCCCGAAACUUGUUUGGGCUGCCCGCCACGCGACCGUGCUCAUUCACGAGGCGACCUGCGAAGACGGGAUGAUGUACGAUGCGGUGGCUCGGAAACACAGCACGACGACAGAGGCAGUGGAAUUGGGGAAUUAUGCGGGUGCGUAUAGGAUCAUACUGACUCAUUUCAACCAGAGAUACCCGAAGAUCCCGGAGUUCGAUGAAGCAGGGCAUAUGCACAAAACGUGCGUCGCGUUCGACAUGAUGAGUGUCAACUUAGCGGAUGUUCAUGCACUGCCAAGAGUGCUGCCAUAUCUCAAAGUUCUGUUUAGAGGUGAAAUGUAACAUCCCAAAAUUUCGAACCCUAAUUUUAGAGCCGUAAAA